UUAAGCAGAUUCUAUAUUGAAAAUUAAAAAAAGAAAGAAAGACCGAUCUAGUUCUUGACGACAGUUCUUGGCUAUUUUACGGCAUCCGCUAUCGGCUGUAUCCGUGCGGGCGUCACACCCCUUCAGAGGUGCACGACACGCCAGAGCUCGAGUUCUUUCUGGUCGCUGGAAGAGUGUGUAGGGCAGCGGUGGUGUCGUUUGGCUCAUGGCUGCAUGUCGCUUGUGCAGGCAAUGCAGUUGGGGUUGCCACCUGCAGACAACGUGAAAGGGACACUCUUAAAAGCCUUCUUUGUGACAGUUUUUCUGAGUGUGUUGAUGCUCCCGCUGCUGAGGACUGUGGGAUUGCGAGCGUUCUCCAUGGCGACCGAGGCUUAUUCCUCCGGCACUCAUUCGGCAGCAUUCGUCACCUGCCCCAAUGACACAGUGGCCAAAGAGCUGGCCAGAGGUAUAGUGGAGAAGAAACUGGCAGCCUGUGUCAACAUCGUACCCAAAAUCACAUCAGUAUAUGAAUGGCAGGGCAAGAUCGAGGAAGGCAGUGAAGUGCUACUGAUGAUUAAGACGAGGACUACAAAGAUCUCUGCGCUGGCUGAGUUUGUUAGGUCCAAUCAUCCGUACGAAGUCGCCGAGGUCAUCAGCGUGCCCAUUGACCAGGGCAAUCCACCGUACCUGAAGUGGAUUGGGGACGUUGUGCCGGAAUGAGCGAGCCGCUCCCCUGUCAGCCUUCUAGAUGUCUCUCCCGCCGGAAACCCACGAUGACCACGGCUGCCUUUCAUCUCCGUUGCUUAGACGUGGUCGCCAAAAUCCCCCGGAUCCAUGUGUGCGCUCAGAAUGGUUUGGAGAAACCCGUACGGGUGGCGAAAUGUUCAAAGCACGGGGCUCGUUGGUACUUUUUGUUUGACAAACGAAUCCAGCAGGUGUUUGUAUUCACUUCUCUGCAGUUAAUGUCCAGUUGUUUUGGAAAAAGAAAAUAAAGAUAAAGCAGCACACUCUUAAUUCCAAA